AUGCAACACCCUUUCUCGAAAUUAAAGUUGAAAAGCAGAGCAUCGAAUAUUCCCGAUGCCGAUCCUGCAAUCACACCAGGUAAGCCUCCAAGUACAAAGCAAAUCUAUCAAUCUAGAUUAAAUUACGGAGUGAAUUUUGGUUCCAGUUUUGUUUUGGAAAAAUGGAUUUUUGGUGAUUUAUUCUCCGAAACUAAAGGUGAUUCUGAAUUGGAUGCUGUAUCAUCGUUGGUUGACAAGCAUGGUGUUGAUGAUACCAGAGCCAAAUUUGAAAACCACUGGAAUAAUUAUGUGACUGAUGAUGAUUGGAAGUGGUUGGCAGAUCAUCAAGUCAACUCAAUCAGAUUACCAAUUGGAUAUUGGGAUGUUGAUGGAGGAAAGUUUACAUCAGGAUUCAAAUUUGAAAAGUACAAAGCUGUGUAUACCAAUGCAUGGUCAAUCAUCAAGAAGAAGUAUAUUGAACCUGCUUCAAAACACCAAAUUUCGGUCUUGAUCGAUAUACAUGGAUUACCAGGAGGGGCCAAUGACUCUGGCCAUUCAGGUGAAAGUGGCUGCAAAGGUGGAUUUUGGAAGGAUGACAAAGCACAAUUGGAGAUGGCAAAAUUGCUGGGAUGGGUGGCCAACGAUUUGAAGAAUUAUGAAAAUAUUUCUGGUAUUCAAGUGGUGAACGAAGCAGAAUUUGCUGACCCACCAAAGAAACAAUCUACUUAUUAUGCAGCUGCAAUUUCUGAGGUUAGAAAGAGUGAUAAGCUGAUUCCAGUUGUUAUUUCUGAUGGUUGGUGGCCAGAUCAAUGGGUUAAAUGGGUUCAGCAAGAACAAGGAGAGGAUGGGUACAUUGGUAUAGUUGUGGAUGAACAUGUUUACCGUUGUUUCUCCGACUCCGAUAAGAAAAAGUCUGCUGAGCAAAUCACUGAUGAUUUGAAUGGUGAUGUCUUGACCAAUUUGAAUGACGAUGGUAAAGGCGUUGACUUCAUUGUCGGAGAAUGGUCCUGUGUAUUGGAUCAGCAAACCUGGGAUCAUACAAAGGGCAAUAGAGAUGAUUUAGUGGUAAAAUACGGUCAACAUGAAUUACAAGCUAUUGGACAAAGGGCAAGUGGGUCUUACUUUUGGACUUUCAAAUUUCAAUCCGGAAACGGUGGAGAAUGGGAUUUCAAAACUAUGACUGAUAAAGGAGCACUUGAGCCAUUUCCUAAACCAUCCAAUCCACCUUCUGAUGAUCAAUUUAAACAAGCUGUGGAUGACGCUACCAAUAACCAUGACAACUACUGGAAAAAACAAGAUCCCAAAGGAAAGUACGAACCCGAUUUAUUCAAAGAUGGAUUCAGCACUGCUUGGAAAGAUGCCGAUUCGUUUGCAAAAUUCAAUGGUUCAAGAAUUGGUAGAAAAGAAGCUUUGAAAAGGUCGAGGUUACUUGAAGCUCUUUCAAAUAAGAAAGGUUCUCAAAAAAAUAUUUGGGAAUGGGAACAAGGUUACGAUGAAGGGUUGAAGGAGUUUUACAACGCAACAAUCCAUUGA